GCCGCCGCCGCAGGAGCAGCCGCCGCCGGAGCCGCGCGCAGCCAUGGCCGAGAACCCCGGCUUGGAGAACCACCGCAUCAAGAGCUUCAAGAACAAGGGCCGCGAUGUGGAGACUAUGCGAAGACACAGAAAUGAAGUGACAGUUGAACUCCGAAAGAACAAAAGAGAUGAACACUUACUGAAAAAGAGAAAUGUUCCCCAGGAAGAAAGCUUAGAAGAUUCAGAUGUCGAUGCUGAUUUUAAAGCACAAAACGUAACACUAGAAGCUAUAUUGCAGAAUGCUACAAGUGAUAACCCUGUAGUCCAGUUGAGUGCUGUCCAGGCAGCAAGGAAACUAUUAUCGAGUGACAGAAAUCCACCAAUUGAUGACCUAAUAAAAUCUGGGAUUUUACCAAUUCUAGUCAAAUGUCUAGAAAGGGAUGAUAAUCCUUCAUUACAGUUUGAAGCUGCGUGGGCACUAACUAAUAUAGCAUCAGGAACCUCUGCACAGACUCAAGCUGUUGUACAGUCUAAUGCAGUGCCCCUUUUUCUGCGACUUCUCCAUUCCCCACAUCAGAAUGUCUGUGAACAAGCGGUGUGGGCUUUGGGAAACAUUAUAGGUGAUGGUCCUCAAUGUAGAGAUUAUGUCAUAUCACUGGGAGUUGUCAAACCUCUUCUGUCCUUCAUCAAUCCCUCCAUUCCCAUCACCUUCCUUCGGAACGUCACAUGGGUCAUUGUCAAUCUCUGCAGGAAUAAGGACCCCCCACCGCCUAUGGAGACAGUUCAGGAGAUUUUGCCAGCUUUAUGUGUCCUCAUAUACCACACGGACAUAAAUAUUCUUGUAGACACUGUUUGGGCUCUGUCAUACUUGACAGAUGGAGGAAAUGAGCAGAUACAGAUGGUUAUUGAUUCAGGGGUUGUACCAUUCCUCGUGCCCCUUCUGAGCCACCAGGAAGUGAAAGUUCAAACUGCAGCACUCAGAGCAGUUGGGAACAUAGUGACCGGCACUGACGAGCAGACCCAGGUGGUUCUUAACUGCGAUGUCCUAUCCCACUUCCCAAACCUCUUAUCACACCCGAAAGAGAAAAUCAAUAAGGAAGCAGUAUGGUUCCUUUCCAAUAUAACAGCAGGCAAUCAGCAGCAAGUUCAAGCUGUAAUAGAUGCUGGGUUAAUCCCCAUGAUCAUUCAUCAGCUUGCUAAGGGGGACUUCGGAACACAAAAGGAAGCUGCUUGGGCAAUUAGCAACUUGACGAUAAGUGGCAGAAAAGAUCAAGUGGAGUACCUUGUACAACAGAACGUAAUACCACCAUUCUGUAACUUACUGUCGGUGAAAGACUCCCAGGUGGUUCAGGUGGUUCUGGAUGGUCUUAAAAACAUCCUGAUAAUGGCUGGUGAUGAAGCAAGCACAAUAGCCGAAAUAAUAGAGGAGUGUGGAGGUUUGGAGAAAAUUGAAGUUUUGCAGCAGCAUGAAAAUGAAGACAUAUAUAAAUUAGCAUUUGAAAUCAUAGAUCAGUAUUUCUCUGGUGAUGAUAUUGAUGAAGAUCCUAGCCUCAUUCCUGAAGCAACACAAGGAGGUACUUACAACUUUGACCCAACAGCCAACCUCCAGACAAAGGAAUUUAAUUUCUAAGGUCCAUUAAGUGCAGCAUCGUUCAUUCAAUACAAACACCACCAGAUGGCCACCAAGCGAUAAGACAGCAAGCAGCAGAAGGCUCCCAGCACUCUUGCCUCUUCGUUUUGAUGCUUCUAAAGCAAGCCAUGUCUCAGUCACUUUGCAGUUGCCAAAAGUCACUCUCACAUGGACUGUAAAUGCAUAUGCAUGAUUUCCUGAACUGUUUUAGAAUUCUCCUUAACAAUCUCAACUACCCUAUUUUUCCAUGUUCCCUGGUGCCACUUGCUGACAACUGCAGUCUCCAGUUAGAAUACUCCAUAGUGGUGGCGAAUCAGCUGCCCGCUGGCACUCCUUUGGAAAAAGGUGCACUUGGAUCAAGACACUUUGGUAUGAUAUAUAUUCGUGCUGGAAGACUACAGAGGUGCAGUGUGAUCUGAGCCUCCAUCAUUGUCCUCCACAAACAUAUUUUCAUAUUCUUAUGUGGAAGAAUUAAAGUACAAGCCAAAUGAUUUUCAUAGGUGGAACUGACACAAAAAAAGUAAUAACUUAAAAACAAGAAACUUGGUUAUUGAUUAAAAAAGAUAAGUUUUUUAAAACUGUACUUCACCUACCAUUAAUUGAUGUGUUUAUUAUCUGCCUCAGAAGCCAGGGUUGGAGCAAGAGCUUUAGAUAUCAAUGGUAAUGCUUUCGCCAUUAUACCUAAUUUUUGAGAAGAGCAAACCCUAUUUGACCACUCACUCAGCCUGUGUGUUCCUGCUGUUUUGAAUAAUCAAAUGCUGUGCAUGGUCUCUACCUGAGCUGCAACCUGUUACAGACUUGAACUUCUGUUAAGUUGAAAGCAAGAGUCCCUGACUACAAAAAAUACGUCAAUAAAUAAAUAAGUCAAAACAGGAAAGGAAAAGGUCUAAAAUACUCAUUGGUAAUGUUUUAAGAUAGUCUUGCUUUCAGCUUCCAGGAGUUAUUUUUUUUUGUUUUAAUUUGAUAAUUGGAUAUGGUUGAUUUAUAUUGGGUUUAAACUGUGGAGCUUUCAUGUUUACUGUAAUUUAGUCUUAAAACAUUUUUUACUUAGUAACCAGUACUUUUGAUAAAGUGGUGGCAACCAACCAGCAACUCUUUAGAAGUGUUCCAAGACUUCAUUCUUGAGUAUCGGGGAGCUCAUUCUGAUCCCACUCAGAGCAUCCGCACGUUAAAGAGAAAGCCAGGAUCUGUGUAGAGGAAUGAUGUGCAGUUUAACUCAGCCCGAUUUGCAGAGAUCUUUCAUCUGUAAAAUCUGGUGUUACUAUGUAAAGUCAUUGCUUUUGGCAAAUUGUCUGACCCAGAUAUUGAUGAAUGAAUAUGGAUUUGCAAUUUUUUAAACUAAAUAAUUUGUGCUGUCAGAA